AUGAACCUGGAUUCGCAUCUAGCUCAAGAAGAUACUGAGAUUUUAAAUGCUUUGAGUUUUCUCAUUAGCAAAUAUUCGAGCAUAAAAAGGAAUUUGCUGGCGAAUGAAUUAUAUAUUCCACAUCAAGAAAAAAGGCUUAACAAGAGCUCGAGUUCCUCCAAUCUUGAAUGCCUCUCUACAGACUCAGAAGGUUCUACAGUAAUUUUAUAUUAUUUUAUGUCAAAAAUAGUUAAUUAAUUAUUAUUUAAUAAAAAAAAUAUAAUUAAUUUUAGCGUAUUUCUCAACCUUACGAGACAAGACAGCACUACUCUGGACCUAGCCGCUCUCGAGCUUCAUCAAUAGUCAAAAGAAGUCCAAAAGUUUCAGUCUAUUCUAUAGAUCAGUAUUAUACAAUAGACACUGUUUUCUCUUCUUUAGUCGAAAAGUACAUGGGCACCUCAUGAAUUCAACUUUCUGACGAUGGACCAGAAAUUCAUAAAACCGCAAUUAAGCAGUUCUUUUUAGAUUGUUGUGUCUCUGACCAAACUUUUAUGAAUUUGCUGCUUCAUCCCCUCAUCUCCAAAGAAUGAAUUACUCUUGAUGACUUUACAAAAUCAAUAGAAGGCGCUAACAAAAUUUCAGCUUUUGGGCUUUUUCAUUUGAGUUUGUUAAGACCGAAUGAUAAAGCAAAAAAAAAAUCUUAUAAAUUUGAAAGACUACUAUGUAAGAAAUAUUUAGUUUAUAUCUUUAUAUAUGAAUAAAUUAUCAUUAUACAAAUUAUCUAAUAGUAAAUUUUGGAAUUUUAUAGUAUAAAAAGGCUUACUUUAGAUUUGUGGAGCAUGAAGCAGGAAAUGGAUUAGGAAGAGAUAGUUUAUUUAGGGUGCUAGAUAUGGCUGAUAGAAGAGCAAGAUCUCAACUAGAAAUGUGGGUAGAAAUGCUGAUGAAGAAAGCCAAUGCUAUGAGAGGUUACCAAAAAGAUAAAAUCAGCUUCAAUGAAUUUAGAUAUUUGAUGAGUGAAGGUGUGAUGUAA